UAGAAAACCGACCGCUUUGGUAAGAACUCGGCUUUCUCCUCGGGACUCCGUACGUGACGGGAUGAUCGUCUACGUCGCUUCUCCCUCGUCUCCGCCCACUCCCCUCUCCUCCUCGUCCCUCUUCCUUGCUUCGCCGAUCCCUUCUCUUGUGGCUUUGUACCCGAAAACAAAGAACAAGAUCUGGAGGCAAUCGCAGAAGACUCGGAACAAGGGAUGUAGGAGAAGAAGCGGCGUUUGUAGGGCAGAGUUUGUGCACGACGCGCCUUUUGCCGCUGCUAUCGGCGCCUGCGUUCUCAAUUCGCUCGUCUUCCCGAUCUCGGCCGGUGAGACCGAGGAUGAGGACGGUGGUGGGACGAUCGAUGCCACGGAUGCGAGGUUCGCGGUGAUGGGGAUCGUUAGCUUCAUCCCUUACUUCAAUUGGCUGAGUUGGGUUUUUGCUUGGAUGGACAGCAGUAGACAGCGUUACCUCGUUUAUUCGAUCGUCUACUUGGCUCCUUACUUGAGGACUAAUUUGUCACUUUCACCUGAAGAAAGCUGGUUGCCUAUUGCUAGUAUACUUGUUUGCAUUCUUCACAUUCAGCUGGAGGUGAGUAUUAGAAAUGGAGAUAUCAAAGGCAUCCAUUUUUUUUAUGAAGCACAAAAACUACAUUCCUUGAUAAGAAAAAGAGAGACUGAAUCUAAGAGUCACCAGCAAUCUGCCAAGAAGGAAAGAAGCAAGAGACAUAUGGGAUUACCAUCUUCACAUGGACUGAGAGAUGAGGUCAAGGAGUGGGGAAUCCCUAGAAAACAAAAUGAAGAACUAGAUGUGGAUGAAAAGAAAAAUAAUUCACAAUAAGAUGAGCAGGCAAACUUGGUGUUGUAUCAUGUACUUGUGUAGUUUCAGCCUCGGCAUACUAUUAGCUGAGGCUGACUUAAUUUCUUAUGGAGCCUUCACAUAAUAGAUCUACAUAUGUGUUAUUAUCAUGUAAAUCUAGGACAUUUGCUUGCCUAAUUCUACCUCAUUUCAAGGUCUA